UCACAAGUUCCAUGCUCAAGCUGUUAGGCUUGCUCUAACAGACUGUAUGGCUACAAACUGUCCUGUGCAGACCACUGUUUUGUAAGACAACUUAUUUUGCACAAUUGUAUAUUUUUCUAAAGUCCAUUUUUUGCAGAAAUUCGAUUCUCUCUAUUUGCAUGUAAACGCACUGACUGUGUGCUUUGGACAAAAGACAAAAAGGGCCUAUCCAGACUGCUACCAGGAACAAGUCCAAAAGGCAGGGUGUGUCACGCUAUGGGGUUGUGUCAGUGCCCUCGGCAAAGUGUAUUAUUUUCCAGGAGACCAAACAACACAUUCUUCCAAAAGAAAAGAUGCGGCUGUGCGGAAAUCUCGCGAUGUUUCUGCUGCUGGCCUGGCUCGCGCCGUGCAACUUGGCACGUCGUGAAAAAGGGAAAGAAGGAAAGAAAAAAGACGGAGCAGAGAACGGAGCGGUUUCCGGUGGAGGAGGGGAGUUCUCUGGAGCAGCCGGAGAGCGGUGCACGUGGACGGUAAGCGGAGAGAAGCAGCUCGCGUUGAAAGUCACGUGCCUCGUGAUGAAGAAGGGGAAGCCCCGGAGCGGUUACACCUGUGAGUACACCGGCGAGCCCGCGCUCUGCAUCCGGUUCGCGUCCAGCCCGCGCGCCUUCUGGAAGCAGAUCUCCCGCAGCCUGAAGCAGCACCUGUGCAGAGACGCUCACGAGACGCUCCAAGCGCGCAUGUGCAAAAACGGGCCUGCGCGCGCUCACUUUCGGCUCCUCAAUCCAGUGAAAGACAUCACCAUGACGACGCCCGCGGUGAGGGCGGGGCUUCUGGAGGACACGCCUACAACGGAAUGCGUGCGACGCGCUGAUCAUCUAGAGCUCGCGCAAGAAAAGUGCGGGGCAGCGUGGGCGAGUUUCUGCAACUUUCUGUUCAGUAUGGUCCAGAGUAAAGACUGCUGAGGGUGUGUGUGUGUGUGCACUCUAUCUUGUUGGGGACCAAAUGUCUCUACAGGGGCGUAGCUGGGGGUCCUGGGGUGCCCGUGACCCAUACAUUUUUUUCAAUAGCCUCAUAAGAAUAUUAGAAAAGCGCCCACUGUUGUCUUCUUCUUCUCAUCUCAUUAUCUCUAGCCGCUUUAUCCUGUUCUGCAUACCGGGAACACCCCAAAAGAUGUGCCAUUUUGGAGAUGCUCAGACCCACUCAUCUAGCCAUCACAAUUUGGCUCUUGUCAAAGUUGCUCAGAUCCUUACACUUUUUUUUCCUGCUUCCAACACAUCAACUUCAAGAACUGACUGUUCUUUUACUACCUAAUAUAUUCCACCCCUUGACAAGUGCCAUUGUAAUGAGAUCAUCAAUGUAAUUUACUUCACCUGUCAGUGUUUUUAAUUUUAUGGCUGAUCGGUGUAUAUCAAAUACUAUUCAUGAGUUUUCUUAUAUUCUUAGUUCAUAUGAAUCAUCUCAUCUCAUU